CCUUGGGACCACCUCCAUUCCCCCCUGCUGUCCGGUGGCGGCUGUCUGGCCCGGGUCUGGUAGUUGGGCUUACUGAGGCCGCCCUUUCAGGCCUCCGUCUCCUGACCCCCGAAGAGCCCAUCUCCCUGCGGUCACAGCAGGGCCUUCUCUGCGCCCAACUCUACUUUUCCAAAGAGAAAAGGCCGGUUGGGAUUCCGGGAGUUUCCCGCCAGAGCAGGGUUCUCUGGAGGGAGAGCUGUUUUCAACGAGGAAGUUCAGCUUUCGCUCCCACCUGCUUCACCUCUCUUCUUCUUUGAAACCUGAAUGCUACUUCUCGGCUACUGUGUCCCACGUAAACAAUUCUCCAACUCUUUUAUCCUGUGGUAUUUCCCUGGGAUGUGAUAUCGCUAGAGCCACCACCAGAGAGAAACGUCUGGACCCUUCUGCACAGGUUAUGAAAACCCCCUUAACUGCCACAGUUUUCUUACCUGGCUCAUCGCCUCUUGGAUUUUGUGUCUUUACUAAAGUCAGUGAUGUGAAAAGACCUGAAAUGGAUGACACAGCUGACGGGGUGAAGAUGGACGCUGGGGAGGUGACCUUAGUGAACCACAGCUCCACCUUCAGAACCCACCUACUGCCACAGUCGAGCUUUCCAGAGGACCAGCUUUCGCUUUCUGACCAGCAGAUGUUGUCUUUCAGGCAGGGGACUUUAGACGGAGCUUUCACAUGUUCUACAAGAAGGGCAGCCUAUAAUCCAGAUUAUCACUCAGAUAACCCUUCCUCAGACAGUUUCCUUGGCUCAGGUGACAUAAGAACCUUUGGUCAAAGUGCAAAUGGACAAUGGAGAAAUCCCACUCCAGCGUCAGGUUCAACAUUACAGAAACCAAGAAAUAGCCGAAGUCUUUACCUCGAAACCCGGAAGACCUCAAGUGGAUUAUCCAACACCUUUGUGGGAAAGUCCAAUCACCACUGCCAUGUGUCUGCAUAUGAAAAGUCAUUUCCCAUUAAGCCUGCCCCAAGUCCAUCCUGGAGUGGGUCGUGUCGGCGGAGUCUUUUAAGCCCUAAGAAAAUGCAGAGGCGACAUUUCAGCACAGCAGAAGAGACAGUUCAAGAAGAAGAAAAGGAGAUCUACAGACAGCUGCUGCAGAUGGUCACAGGGAAACAGUUCUCCGUAGCCAAGCCCACCACACAUUUCCCUUUACACCUGUCUCGGUGUCUUAGUUCCAGUAAGAACUCUUUGAAAGACUCGCUGUUAAGAAACGGAAACUCUUGUGCAUCUCACCUCAUCAGUUGUGAUACGUCAUCCUCUGGAUCUGCCAGCAUUUUAACUGCACGGGAGCGGUUGACCCCCAGUGCACAUCCCCUGUCCUCUGGUACCCCGGAUGCUGCCUUUGGAUCCAAAGACUCUGAUCCCCACCAUCACCUCUCUGCACCUCAUCAGCCAGAUAGCUUACCAGCAUCAAGUACACAAUCCGAAGGGUCAGACUCUGUGAUUUUACUCAAAGUGAAAGAAUCUCAGACUCCAGCUUCCAGAUACCUCAGUCCAUUGAAGAGAAGUACUUGCCCCUACAUUAUUCCUUAUUCAGCAGCCAUGGAUCUGCUCUCUAGCAGCCCUACUUUCUUCCAGGCAGAACUAUGGAUCAAAGAAUUAACUAGUGUUUAUGAUUCUCGAGCUCGGGAAAGAUUGCGCCAGAUUGAAGAACAGAAAGCAUUGGCAUUACGGCUUCAAAACCAGAGGUUGCAGGAACAGGAACAUGCAGUACUUGAUUCUGUUGAACUUCAUCUUCGUGUACCUCUUGAAAAGGAGAUUCCUGUCACAGCUGCCCCAGAAACCGGGAAAAAAGGUCAACAACUAACUGAUAGUGAAGACGAAUUUCCUGAAAUUACAGAGGAAAUGGAGAAAGAAAUAAAGAAUGUAUUUCGUAAUGGUAACCAGGAUGAAGUCCUCAGUGAGGCAUUCCGCUUGACCAUUACACGCAAAGACAUUCAGACUCUAAACCAUCUGAACUGGCUCAAUGACGAGGUCAUCAAUUUCUACAUGAACAUGCUAAUGGAGCGCAGUAAAGAGAAAGGGUUUCCAAGUGUGCAUGCAUUUAAUACCUUCUUCUUCACUAAGCUAAAAACAGCUGGUUAUCAGGCAGUGAAACGUUGGACAAAGAAAGUGGAUGUGUUUUCUGUUGACAUUCUUCUGGUGCCCAUUCACUUGGGUGUGCACUGGUGUCUAGCUGUUGUAGACUUCCGGAAGAAGAGUGUCACCUACUAUGAUUCUAUGGGAGGAAUAAACAAUGAGGCCUGCAGGAUCCUCUUGCAAUACCUAAAACAAGAAAGUGUUGACAAGAAAAGGAAGGAGUUUGACACCAAUGGCUGGCAGCUCUUCAGCAAGAAAAGCCAGGAAAUCCCACAGCAGAUGAAUGGAAGUGACUGUGGGAUGUUUGCUUGCAAAUACGCUGACUGUAUUACCAAAGACAGACCAAUCAACUUCACACAGCAACACAUGCCAUAUUUCCGGAAGCGGAUGGUCUGGGAGAUCCUCCACCGGAAGCUCUUGUGAAGACUGUCUCAGCAGACACUGAGUGUGUGGGGGACCAGCCUUUGCCAUCGACAGCCAGAGACCUUGGAAACAGCUGCUCCUAACCCCCUGUUCUUGUACAGCCCUUGAUCCUGGACCAGACCAGGCAAGAUGCAUUCACAAGCACAUCUGCCUUUCCUUUUGUAUCUCAGAUACUAUUUUUGCAAAGAAACUUUGGUGCUGUGAAAGGGGUGAGGGACAUCCCUCCUGAAGAGAGAGACUGCUUUUCACUUCAGCUCUGCUAUCUUGUUUUCCAAGGGCUCCAGCCUCACUGAGUCCCUCAUUAGGAGUCCAAGGAAAACUCGGGAAGAAUCUUGGUUUCAUAUAAAUUCUUGUUGCUAGGCCUUACCGAGAAGUAGGGAAGGGCAUGGGCAGCAGGUAGGGAUAAAACCACCAGCACGUCGUCACACACAUGAUCCCCAAGAUGCAGAGUCAGGAAAGGAACUGUAAACUGGACUCUGAGGCACAAGCUUAAGUCCCCUCCUCCAGAACUGUCCUAUUUAUGUAUCCUCCAUGAAACCAGCUGCUUCUCCUCAAAGCUGUUUCCUCACUGGUACAGUCGUCCCAUCCUGAGCACACUGCACAAGCCCUGGCAGACCGUAAAGUCUCAAGCAGUCCUUUCCUCACGAGCAGGGUUGCAUGUGCGUGCACACACAUGCUGUGGGAGGAUCCAGCCAGAGGUCUCGAGUGCAGCAGCCGGGCCCAGCUUCACUGCUGCCCUCUUCUGACCAGGGAGAAGGACUCAGCGGUUAGCGUCACGUACCAGAGUUGGAUGAAUACAGGUCUAGGUGGUCUGUGGCUAGUUAGUUUAAAUAUGUUUCUAACCACAGAGAAUUUUAUAUACACAUAUACCUAUAUGUGUGUAUAUAUAUACAUACAUAUACACACACAAUGUGAAAUAUAUAUUUCACAAGGAUAUGCUUUUAAAAGAAAAAAAAAGACUGAAUGUGCUCACCAUUUAGUCUGUAGGUUUAUUUUCAUCUUUGAAAUUCCAGCACACAUCGAUCCCAGCAAGCCCUGUGUAUCGGGCGUUUGUAGAUAUCCUAAGAGUAUUUUGAGACCUGGAAGAGUCUGGUGUAGGAGUAAAAGGUUAUCAAGGUUAUCUAGGUAAAUGGCUGGGGGACGGGGGACAGUGGGGAGCUUCGACUGAUGAGCCGGAGGUUUUUAAACUGCUCGCUCUUCUGUCGUUCAGCCCCUCUGCCACUCUCGCAGAGCUCCUGAGGGGAGGUGGGGAGGUGACUUUGCAGUGCCAGUGUCGUUUUGUACUUAAGUUCCACAACAGGGACGUUUUCUACUUUCUGUAUGGUGACCAGUAGUUUUCUAUGCAGUCUUCCCCCCGCUCCCGUGCCCCGGCCCUGCCAGCACUGUGCUCUCUCUCCUUGGGCUUAUUGGAACAUUUUACUCUGUUUUAUACCAAGCGUGUUUAGUACAUUUUUCUAUGUUUUACCACAAGUUACAAUUUGAAAACAACAACAGCUAUUUUUUUUACUACUCCAUUGUUAAAUGAAUGUUACUGUCUCCACUCCAGCAGCCUGUGCCCCUCUUGCUCCCUCCCGCCCUGCAUGUUGGGGGACGAGGGCCCUCUGUACAUUGGUGUUUCUUUCUCUAGCUGCUUCUCCUUCCUCACUCUUCCUCCCUUUCUUUUCUCUUGAUUUUCCAUAGGAAAUAAAUAGCUUUCUAUAUAUGAGUUGCUGGGCCCUUUUACGUUCUCUCUUAGAAAACUGGCAUGCAGACUCAGCCCAGGACUGGAGAAUGUUGUCUGAUUCUUGGUACUUACUGUAUUUAAGUGACAGCUUACACAGUGGCAGUUUGGACUACUUAAAGACAAGCUUCUCAGACUCUUCUCACUAUUAUCUGGGGCUCAUCACAAGAUGGUUUUCUGUGUUUAUUGUUUGUUUCUUUAGAUAAUAUCUGUUUUUCUUCCUCAGAGACUUUUUGUAUGGACCAAAGCAACCAAUAUUUUUGGCCAUGAAUAGCAGAAUAUGAGACAUGCGACAAAAGCACUUUGUAAAAGAUAUAGAAUUUUUGAGCCAGUCUGAAGCUAGCUCCCUUUCUCCAAUGCAGUUUAAGUGUACCAGUUAAAAGCUACUGAACCUAAGACUGCUGUCCAUCCAGGGGUAACAGGAAUAAGUCAGAGUGUGACAGGCGGCUUAAUGGGAACCAGGUAUAGACUUUAUAGUCGGCCCUUCUUAGCCAGAUAACAGGAGCAGGACAAGUGUCUGGAAAUGUCCUCAGUUCAAGAGAGGCCUUUGAGGACCAAGACUGAAGCUGCUUGUGUAUUUCAUUGCCAAGGGUAUGCUACUAGUAUCCUGUUUGACCGGCUUUAAGCAGAAUAUGCCUGUUGUUUUCCUUCUCUGUCCCUUUCCCUGUGUUCCAUGCUGAUAGCCAUCUCCCUGUAAAGAGAAUAGUUGAAGGAUGAGAAGCAUUACAUGGCAGUUGCAUACUCUUCAACAAAAAUCCACAACCCAGCAGUCAUCCUGGAGUGUGCACAGAGAAAAAGAGGCUGCUUCUGCUCUUUUGAGAAUGUAUGCCAUGAUACAUGGAAACUGGCUACAUCCGGUUGAUCACUUGAGACUCACUGUGACUCCCAAGAGUCCUGUGUAGGGUUCAGCGUGGUACUUUUCCAUAGACAACCUAGAGACUCGCUGUCAGUUCACUCUUCUGUGUGAGGAGUACUUCCUCCCACUCUUUAGACUGCCCUCAGCACUGCUUUAGCGUUUAGUGAUCCAAGGGGACAGCAGAUGACCCAGCAGGACGUUCCCACCCACCCCAUCUCACAGCCUGCCCAUCACACCACCUGGUUUUAUACACCCAUGGUACGAUCAAUCACUCUGGAUGGAGAGAGAAGAAGGGUUCACUAGAGAGCUGCUUUGUGUUUGAUCUUAACCUCUGAUCUUUCUGUGCCAUCCUCCAAGCUCUGAAAGAAGGUCAGAGUAAAGAAUGACUAACA